AUGGUUUCCUGUGGAAAUACUUGUAAUAUUCCAGUCGAAGAUCCAGAAGAAUUUGAAUUCGAUUGUAAAGAUUUCGGAGCUUCAGUAAACCUUGGAGGUGGAGGAGGUUUAAUAUACGUCGCUGAUCCCCUUAAACCCGCUCAUCCCACUCAUCCCGCUAAUCCUAUUCAUCCCACCAAUCUUACCAAUUCCACUAAUCCUACUCAUUCCACCAAUCCUACUCAACCCACUGAUUUCCCCCAACCCUAUAAUCCUUGUAAAUAG